GAUACAAUAAUCUGAAAAGAGGAACACCGGCCGCUGCUGUGAAGUAAAGUAGCUUUCGCGACGCAUGGUCCCGCAGAUUUGGUUUUACCGUAAAUUUCAAAUGAUAUUAACUUUUGAAGAAGCAUUUAUUCGAACUGCAGCCUCUUGUGUACGUGUAUGGAUUUUUUAAAGUUGACGUGUCAUUGAAAGAAUCCAGCGUUGCCAGAAUGCCACUACAUGGAAAGAUAGUCGUGGUUAAGCGGACCGGAGGAGAUGGGACCGAAUUUCCUCUGACUGCAUCGUGCUUGUUUGGAAGGAAGGCUGACUGUGACAUUCGUAUUCAGCUUCCCCAAGUCUCGAAGGAGCACUGCAGAAUUGACUUGAAUGAAAAUAAAGAGGUAAUUUUAACAAAUUUGAGCUCGGUGAACCCGACCCUUAUCAACGGAGAGCAGCUACAACAGUCUGAGCGUUUGAAGGAUGGAGAUGUCAUAACCAUUGUUGAUCGUUCUUUCAGGUUUCAGUCCCCUCCGCCACCCACGCCGAAGAAAUUUGCCAAAGGAAGCAAAGCUGGAACCCCCAACCCUCAUCUAAAAAAUGGAACCAACCACAACAUCCAGCGAGCACUGGAGCAGGCUAAAGAGGAAGACCCCAAGGUGGACGGUGAUGUGCAACAAAGCAAGACGGUGUCUCCGUUUAGUGAUCUCUAUCAAAUGAUCAGAAAAUCUCUGGAUGUUAAAACCCCCCGUCAAUCUUCUGGCACCUACAUCCAGUCGCAGAGGAAAAGCAAUGUUUCCACAAAUCGAAACACAUUGGAAGUGGCCGAGGCCAAAGUCUCUGAUGGCGAAGCAGUAGCGAAGGCUAAAAAUAUAAGCAUUGUUACCCCACUGUCUGAGAAGAAGCGUAAGAAUUCCCCACAGGUUCUUUCUUCCGAUGUGGUGACACCAGGUAAAGAUGCACAAAAUGUCAAAUCUGAAGUGCGCUCGCCGCAGAAAAGGCAGCGUGUUACUCCUCAGAAGUCUGGUGCCGGAGAUGCUGUUGAGAAAAUGUGUACUCCAGCACCCAAGUCGCCAUUGCGAUGCAGGAGUCAGGAGGCCACACCAGCCAAGGAACACGUGAAAGAAAUGCCUAGCCCACAAAAUACAAACUCACCAAGAGCCACCGGGAAAGGGGUGCCAAGAAAACGCCAAAGCGCAGAGCUUGUGCUUAAUUCACCGGCCCCACAGAUGAAGAAAAGACACGUUUCCUUUGGAGGCUACCUGGUUCCUGAGUUGUUUGACAAAAAAAUGCCGCCUGAUUCGCCACUACGAAAAGGCGAGAAUCCAAGGAGAAGUCUCUGUCUCGCGAAACCCAAACAGUCAGUGCUGAGGCGAGCAUCGGUCAUUGGCCUACCAAAGGCUCAAAGUCCUGCAAAGAAGAGCCCUGAAUCUCCCAAAACCUCUGUCAAGAAAUCUCCAAAGCAAAGGUCCCCAUCCCCCAAAGAUUCUUCUCCGCAAAAGAAGACUCCAAAACCCAGGACACCCUCUCCCCAGAGGAAGUUGCCAAAAUCGACACCGGCCUCCCCGAGAGAGAAAUCUCCUGGGAAGAAGUCACCAAAACCCAACACACCGUCCGCCAAGGCCUCGUUUUCAGGAGAGAAAUCGGCCAAGUCAAAGUCUUUUUCCUUUGCGGCUUCGGAAAAGACACCAAGAACACCUUCACUCAAGUCACCAAAAUCUACACCGGCCUCACCCAAAUGGGCGUCUCCUGCUCUUAAGUCAGCAAAACCCAACACACCGUCGGCCAAGGCAUCGCUGUCAGGAGAGAAAUCAACAAAAUCAAGGUCUUCUUCCCCUUCAUCUUCCGAGAAGACUUCAAAAUUCAGCACACCGAGGAGAGCAUCUUCCUCCGGUAACAAAUUGGAAACUCCUUUGACCAAAGGCCCGACUUCCAAUGAAAUGCCCGAACGUGUAAAGAGGGCAAGCCCCAGGCUUACCCCCCCAAAAACGGUCAACCAACUGCCAGUGAAAACACCCCAGGGCCCCCAAAUGAAGAUUGCGUCGGCCCAGGGACGUUUUUCUGUGUCUCGCGUCGAAACCCCAUCACCGAUUGCAGACGAUGCUGUCAUCGAGCCGGUGCGGUCAGUCACGGUGACACCCAAAAUCCCUCUGAGGAGGAAGAGCAUGAAGAACACUUCGCGCAAGACUCCCUUGACCAAGAGUGCCAUCAAAAUGCUCCGAAGAAGCGGCAUUUCACGAGCCUCCCUGAAAGGUUUCGCCAUUCCAGCCACGUGCUCUUGGGCCGACACCGUCAGGUUUGGGCAGGCUAAAGUCCGCGCGGCUCUCCCCCUUCUGAGAACAGUCAAACAUACUGUCCCCAUCGCAAAGGUAUCGAAGAAGCUGGCGUCCAGAGCACAGACGCCUGUAAGAAAGCAGCUGGGCCACGCAAGCACCGGGCAUGCGGCGUCACCCGUUACCAUUGUUGUGGGCCGAGCUUCCAAGCGCCAAGUUACGCACCCGGUUGGCGCUCCGCCAAAAGUCAUCUUCAAUACAGCAAUCUCAAAGAAGAACAUGAACAUGGAUGAGGAUUUGUCUGGAAUCUCUGAAAUGUUUAAAACGCCUUCGAAAGAGGGGAGGAGGAGAUCGGAACACCGCCGCGGCAGCUCCGCCAAGACUCCAUUGGUAGUGAAUGAACCAUCUGUCGUUGAUCCUUCUGUGUUGAACACUCCCGAGGAGCCAGGUGAAAUGGCCGUGUCUCCGCUCUCUCUCGCAUCCACGGUGAAAGCGGGCCGGUAUAACAAAGAGGCAGUGAAACGCCUUCUCAGCGGCAGUCGGGAAUCCAGCUUCGUCGCCGACGCCUCUGCUCUGGAGAAGACGAGCGAAUCUGUUGAACAGCAAUGCGCAGAAAUGAUGGCGAGUGCUGCAACAACUCCUGAGCAGAAGCCGCCGCUACAGGAGUCUCUCACCGGUGUGAAGAGACUCCUAAAGACCCCAAAACAGAAGACGGAACCUUUGGAGAAUCUGAGAGGAAGACUCCUGAAAACACCCAAACAGAAGCUCGAGCCACAGGAAUGUCUCACUGGAGUGGAGAGGAUUCUGAAGACUCCCAGACAGAAGCCUGAACCGGUUGAGGAUCUGAGAGGGAAACUCCUGAAAACUCCCAAUCAGAAGUCUGAGCAAACGGAAUGCCUCACUGGAGUCAAAAGAAUUUUUACCACUCCAGAACAGAGUGAACCCAUCGACGUAGCAGAGAAACUCUUCCAAACUCCCACGGAUGCAGAAGUUGCUGAUGUUUCUUUCAAUAGUGUUGGAGACCAUCUGGAGACCCGAGACCGACCACCACUGGCUCAAGAAACCCGAGACCUACCGGAACCGACAAAUUCAUCGACUCUGAAAGUGGCCAGCUCCCCGACGGACGGCCUCUCGGCUAUCAAGAGAGUCAUGAAAACACCUCGGCAAAGACACGCUCCCGUUGAGGACUUCCUCGGAAUUGAGAGGCUCAUGAGGACUCCCAAAGAGCGAAGUGAACCGGUGGAGGACAACUUCGGCAUCAAGCAGCUCAUGAGGUCACCCAGAUUGAGGGGUAUAGCUCCCGUCGAGGACUUUGAGGGGCUUCAGGAGCUCAUGGAGGAACCAUCUGAGUUUAAAGAUCAACCUGCCAGUACUGACUUGGAUGUCGCAAAAGCAGGGGCAACCGAGGUUUUCGUAGAUGUUCCAAGUGUUGCUUGUGAAUCGUCAGGAGCUACACAAGCGGUUUCUCAGGCUGCGAUAGAAGAUAUACCGGGAGUGACGGAAAUGGACACGGCCGAUUCCAAGAAAUCAGUCCGAGGCCGAAGGGUCAAAGCAGCCGAUCUGGUGACAGAGGAAUCAUCUCAAUAUCCUGUGUUCUCUGCCCCUGUCAGAGGAAGACGGGGGAAGAAAGUAGAGCCUGCAGAAGAAGCUAAAGCUGCCCCGAAGCCUAAAAGAGGAAGAUACGCGAAAAAGGUUGAGACAGUCAGAGAGCCUCCCGCUGAAACUUUACCUGAGAGUGAGCCUGCAGUGACUGACAGUGUUGCGUCUUUGGAAGAAGAGGCUGUGAAGCCAAGAAGAGGAAGAUAUGCCAAAAAGGCUCUGAAACAAACCGAAACGGUUCCACAACCUGCCGCUGCAACUUUGCCGGAGCCCGAGACUGAGCCUGCAGUGACUGACAGUGUUGAAUCUUUGGAGGAAGAAGCUGUGAAGGAAAGAAGAGGAGGAAGAUUUGCCAAAAAGGCCUUGGAACAAACCCCACCAGUCCCACCACCUGCAAUGGAAACUUUGCCGCAGCCUGAGAGUGAGCCUGCAGUGACUGACAGUGUUGCAUCUUUCGAAGAAGAGGCUGUGAAGCCAAGAAGAGGAAGAUAUGCCAAAAAGGCUCUGAAACAAACCGAAACGGUUCCACAACUUGCCGCUGCAACUUUGCCGGAGCCCGAGAGUGAGCCUGUCGUGGCCGACAGUGUUGCAUCUUUGGAAGAAGAGGCUGUGAAACCAAGAAGAGGAAGAUAUGCCAAAAAGGCCUUGGAACAAACCCCACCAGUCCCACCGCCCACAAUGGAAACUUUGCCGGAGCCUGAGAGUGAGCCUGCAGUGACUGACAGUGUUGCACCUUUGGAAGAAAAGGCUGUGAGGCCAAGAGGAGGAAGAUAUGCCAAAAGGGCUCUGAAACAAACCGAAACGGUUCCACAACUUGCCGCUGCAACUUUGCCGGAGCCCGAGAGUGAGCCUGUCGUGGUGGACAGUGUUGCAUCUUUGAAAGAAGAGGUUGUAAAGCCCCAAAAAGGAAGAAACCCCAAACAACCAUCUUCUCGGUCCAAAAAAGCACAACAUUCUUCCCGCAGCGAUGACGUUUGCCAACACGACAUCGCACAAGAUAUCGAGGAAGUUCGUGAUGACCACCAAGAGCAGAUACCGACUGAAGACCGUGAAAAGAAAUCCACGGAAUCAACAGAGAGUUUACAGGAAGUGGAGAUCACAGAGCACGUCCCUGUCAUUCAAAAGAAGCCUCUUCGAGGGAGAAGAGGCAACCCGGUGGAAGAUGAGCAGGGUGCCGCUUUAGAGGAAGCUCUUGUCUCUGCUCCAGUCAGGGCCGUAAGAAGGAAGAGAACUGAAGCAACUGCGCCACCCGCAGGCAGACUAACUACCAGAAGUCGGAACACAAAGACAAAGGUACAAUCUUCUGAUGCUCUCACUGAAAUGGUGCCGGAGAAAGAUGCGCACGUGAAUGCGUUGACUGAAACUUCAGAAACUAACACCAGCCAAGAAGAUUUCCAGACUCCUGCAGCGGACUCGGUCGUGAAGCCUAGUAAGGGCAGGAAAACCAAACGCGCACCUGAGCCAGAAAAGUCACUUGCCGUGGAACAAGUCCAGCCACUGGCACCCACCGAUAAAAGGGGAAGUCGCAGAAAAGUCAUCUCUGAGACAGCUGAGUCGCAGGAACUUGAAAAAGUCACCUCUGAAGAAACGAAUUAUCAGUCCAAGCCUCUCGCCAGAGGAACGAGAGGCCAGAAUGCCAAACGCAAAAAAGAGCAAGAGAAUAGUGACAAACCUUCCACAACGGCACAGUCGGAGUUUGCACUCCAGCAGCCGACAAAAACAUCCAGUAACAAAAAGGGUGACGUCGAAAAUCUUGUCCCAGUUGAAGCAGAAGGACCACCGGUCUCUGAACCAGAGCAGAUAAGUGAACCCACUUCUGGCCUUGCAAAAACAAGACGAGGAGUGGUACGAAAACAAAAGCAAGCAGCAGUUACGCCUGAUUCCACAGAGACCCGCGAUGGUGCAAUUGAGACGGCAACGGUAAAACCCCAACGAAGAGGAAGAACAAAACAAAUUGAAGAUGUUCCCACCGCACAGGUACCAGAGGAAAAAUCGGAACUAAAACCGAAGCAGCAGAGGGGAAGAGGUUUGAAAGAUGACAUGAAACAAGUCGAUGCAGCCAAGAGAGCGCGACGAGAGCCAACCUCCUCCCAUGAGGAGGCCCAAAAAGGUUCAGUGGCAGUUCCGGAGUCAGCUCCAACUUCAGCAGAACCAGUCAAAAGGGGAAAACGGCCACUCGCCAAAUCGGAUCUGUCUGACGUGAACGAAAAACAGUCAAAUGCCAGCAGCCAUUCAAACGCCACAAGUCAAGAACCACAAAACCGCUCCAGAGCAGUGAAGUGGAGCCUUCAUGUCGAAGUCCGCGAAAUCCCCAAAAGAACCCUGAGAGCGGUUCGAGGCAAGCGGUCAAAUAUUGGUGAUCAAAUGGAGACUCAAAGCCAGAGUGAGUCAGAGAAUGUGGAGGAGGACCUUUCAGAAAAGGCAGCGGAGCCUCAGCCCGCCAAGAGAGCCCGGCGAGGGGCAAAGGUUGCAAAGGAAGCAGAGUCCACCACAAAAGUCGACACCAGCAAAGCUGAAGAUGCGGAGACUCAGCCCAAAAACAGAAGAGGGCGAUCAGCUAAGAAAUGUUAACACCUCUGCAUAUAUCCAUUGAUCAGAACAUGUUUUUAUUUUCGUUUUUUCUACAAGUUGUUUAAUUGGCGUUCUUAAAUGUAUUUUCGCCUCUAUGCAGAUGAAAAAUUAAGCACUGUGUGUUCUGCCUUUUUGUAUUUUAUUUUUGACAGCAGGGAAUUUUAUAAACUUACGUUUUCAAUGAUUUUCAUUCAUUACGUCUUGCAGCUGGGUUAUUGUUAGGUUAAAAAAAAAUUAUCAAUGGCAGCAUUUCUGUGUUUUUUCUUUUUCUGCACAGUAUGUGGGUGCGCUUGUGUCAACAGGUUACCGUCAAUAAAUGGAUUAGUGUUCUGAGAUUA